AUGUCAUUCGGGAUUCGUGAAUACCACGAGCUCAUGAGCACAGCUAUAUCUAAUGCACUGAACAAGCGGACAUUGUUGUUCGCGGCAGCAUCGAAUGAUGGAGCAAAUCUUGGCAGAGCUUUUCCUGCUCAAUAUCCCAGUGUUUUUUGUAUACACUCGACCGAUGGAAAUGGCAAUCCCUCCAAGUUCAACCCGACAGCAAGCGAAACGGACGUCAACUUCAGUCUCCUUGGGGAGCACGUCUCUUCUCACUGGCCGGCUGGCAUGAACGGACACGGUCAGACUGUCAAGGCUAUGUCAGGAACAUCGGUCGCAACACCAAUCGCUGCUGGAUUAGCCGCGUCGGUCCUGUCUUUUGUCCGGCAACAGGAUCAGCACAUCGCUGUAGAAAGUGAAAGGCUGGGAUCGUGGCUGAAAAGGGACAAUUCCAUGGAUGCCGUCUUCAAGAGUAUGGUUAGGCGGAGGCGGGGGGUCGGCUACGACUACAUCACGCCUCAUGUGCUCUUCGACAGCGGUUCGACAAGGGAGGAUGUGUACGGGAGAAUCAAGGAUAUCAAAAGGAACAUGUACAAAUACUAA